GUUACCGCUGUCAGUUCACGAAUGGUGGCGUACACGUGACAACAUCGCGCAUUGUCAAAUGGCUCAGAACUUCAUUGAUGAACUUUAAAUAUAACUACUAACUACUACAACAAAAAACACGUGUGAAAAAUGAAAAAAACCAAUAAGAAUGUGCCCGAAGUUUAAGUUAAUUGUGUAACCUAGAAGAGAAACGUUAAUACUGGAGAGGAGCUAUAUUAUUAUUCACAUACCACAGGAGUUGCAACAUAACCAAACUUUAUUUGAAUGGGAUAAGUCCGUUGAUGAUAUUAAUUUUCUUGUGCUGCAAAGACCGAUGAAUAUCCAGGAACAGGAGGGGAGACUCGAGGAAGAUGAAAUAGAUAUGGUGGAAUUAAUUAGGUAACUUGACACUCCAGUGAAGCUCUUCAAAAUCAGCCACCGUCAAAAUGCCCGUAGGAACAAGUUGUAGGAACUCCACGAUGAAAAACAGUUUUUCCCUUUCGUCGCUUCAAGCGCCAGAUGCCGCAACCCGGGAAAGAGAAAUAAAGUCCAGACAGUUCAACAGUUUAACGAAGAAAAGGGUCAAGUCUCCAAACGUGAGAAAAUCUUGGGGCAGCACCACUUCCAGCGAGCAGAGGGAUGAUUUUUGGAUGUCUUUACAGGAGAACUACAACUAUAUUAUGGACAACCAUCUAAUUGAUAAGUGCCAAGAAGUCAAAACUGAUAUAGCCUUGGAUAGGAAAGAAAGGGAAAGUACUCUGGAUGACUUUAUUGUCGAAUACUCCAAACUCUAUUCACUGAUCGAUAGUGUUCAGGAGAUGAUUUACGGCAAAGAAGAAAGUAUUACAGAUAAAGCCAUAAGACUGCAAUGUCAAAGCUUGGUGCUUGAACAUAGCCCGCUUAUGAACUUGCUGAACGAACGAGCUAGUCAACUUGUACAGUCACAUCCAGAGGUUCAAGACGAGGUCACAUGGCGUUUGGGACACCUAAAUUCGAAAUGGGAUACUAUUUCGAGUAUUCUAGGUGCUUCAGAAUGCGGACACUGCGAACAGGAAUCUUGUUUAGAUCUAGACCAUGAAAUCAAAUGCCUAAGGAAAUGGAUUAAAACUAUGGAGCAGGCUCUCCAGCCCUUAGAUUUGAAAACAAAAUAUUCAAAGACUGAAAUCGAGGCAAAAGCGCUAGAAUUGAAGGUGCUUCACCGUGACAUCGAAAAUCACGGCAAAAUAGUGGGUUCUGUCGUCAAGCUGUGCAAGAAGUCUGACGCAAGUUGCAACAGAGCAAAUGUUCGUCGUAUAGCAAACGGAUUAGAACGGAGAUGGCACCUUCUUUUCCUCAGCUCGCUGGAAUGGCAAUGCUACCUAGAAACGCUGACAGGUCUUGAACACAACAAGAAUCAGAGUUACUCAUCCGACUCGGACAGCGACUUCAGCUUCGAGCCAGUUAAUAAACAUCCUCGACUGAGUAGCAGAGAAUAUCUGCAUCCUAAUAAAGAUCCGAGAGAUAAGAAUGUUGUAAAAUUUAAUGCCAACGUGAAUAAAACACCGGAAGAAGCGAUGAAUACGAACGCUAACGACUUACCCAACGGCGUUCAACAAAACGGCUUGGACGCGCUGGAUGGCAGAGUGAAAACCUCGGAAACCGACGAUCAUUUCACCCAUUCGAAUCGGAAAGGUCCGAAUUUGGCGACUUACUAUUUCAAACAUCCGGACACCGACUCCGACAUGGAUAAGGUCGAGAAGGCUUCGAUGGCCCAGGAGAGCGCCCAGGAAACGUCCGAGGACGACGAGUGGGUCUACAACAAGAACGAGGAGAAAGAGUUGGACAGCACGGAUACGAACGAGAACCUGGUCGAGACGCCCAAGAAGAUAUCCGAAGAAACGAUCAAGAGGUUGGUGCAGAAGGCGGAGGAGUUGGUCAGCCCCGACCAAACGAAGAAACUUGGAAGGUUGCAGGCGUUCAACAAAAUGUCCAGGGUUAAACAGUGGCUGGUGAACAAGAGGCCCGAGGAUAGCUGUGACGCUAGUGGCGAGGACGAGGAAAAGGAGUCUCAGAUAUCCGAGGAUUUCGAUCAGAGCACGGCCACUUGCAAGGGAAACCUCGACUACGAUUCGCACAAUACGUCUUUCACAGAGUUGAACAGUUCCGAGAGUACUCCCAAAGUUACGAUGCGUCAAAGGAAGUACAACGGUAACAGGCCAUGGAGCGUUUCUUGCAUUCUACAAUUGGAACCGAAAAAUGGAAUGGACGAAUUCUCGCACUCAACAUCUGAAUCGGCAUUGCACAACAUCACACCUAAGAAGAUAGAAGACUUUAACCAGACCUCCAGUUCACAGACUGUCGCAGGAAACAAUUCUACCUCGUCGACAAUAGAAGAUAGUAACACGAUCUUGCCAGAGGAAAAGACCUCGCCAAAUCGAAGAAGGAGAUUGAAAAUGAAAAGGAAAUGCACUCACAAAUACCAGUGCAGCAGAUCUGACGGAAGAUGUUUAAACAACAGGCUGUUCAAGUCUUCUUCCUACUCAGGGUGUUCGAAUGCAAUGAACGGUAAUAGUGAGCGUCAAACAUCUAGUGAUCCUCCCUCCAUGAGUCUACACAGUUUCGGUAAAUACGACACUACAACCAGCGGGGCUGAAACGGAUGACUCCAUCAAUAAAAGACUGCCAACGUUCAAAGUUGGUCUUAAAACAAACUAUCUCACGUCUGACAUAAGAGAUUCUAGUCCAGGAAAGAGCAGCUUGAAUACCGCAGAAGAACAAUCCAGUUCUUUGUCAGAACAAGCUUGGGACAGUUAUCAAGAAAAAUACCUGUCCGAAGCUUACAGCGAGGCCCACGAUUCAGAUGCAGCUAGAAGACUUCUGGAGUUUGGUGAAGACUAUCGCAACUUCAUCGAUAGCCAAUCGGACUGGUCCACAAAUCCAGACUUCUCGCCCACCCUUCGAAGGCGAACUUUGCCUUUGAUAAGUCAUAACGCAGAGCAGUGCGAUACCGACAGUGAUACUGAGUCCUUGAGGAAAUUCAUAAAUUCGUCAAGAGAUCAGUUGAACUAUACGAAGGAGAUACAUCAGCAGCAGGUGCAGCUGGGUCUCGGGCAAUAUUUGGAGUCUAACGAAAUUAGUGAGAUGUUAGCAACGUGUGAACGCCAUAUAGAUCUACUAAAACACAUCGACCGUUCGGGAGAUUUUGUGUCAAGAGAUGACAAAAAAGCAGCAACAGAACUUCUGGAUCUGUGGAUAGAUUUGAAGCAAAGCGUUUUGAUAAUGCAGGAAUACCGGAAUCUUCAGAAGGAUAUCUUGCUGCUGAAACAUUCGCUGAGUUCUAUAGUGGUUCCCGAAGAUGACAGUAUUCUGCAUUUGGGAUACGUCGACGACCUCGAGAAGGAAGUUGUUAAGCACGAGAAAUUGCUGGUUGAAAUGCAGGACAAAAAGAAGAAGCUAUUCGAGUUGAAUUUAUCUGUUCAUCACUUCGUAGUUGAGAACAAAGAAUACAAUGCUUCCUCCUUAAAGAACGACAUUUCGUAUCUCUACAGCUUGUGGGAAAAUCUACAUCAGAAAACUUCAGAUCGAUUGAGUCAACUUCAGCCGUUGCUGGAAACGUGGAAGACUUUGGAAAGUAGACUAGAUCAACUUCAUGGGGAUUUGAGAAGCGACGAGAAAACUCUACGAUUAUUAGAUUCUGCCCUGAAAGGAGGAACCCUUUCGGAACAAACAGCGGUAUAUGUGCGCGAUGUUGCCAAGCUGUUGUCCGAAACCAAUUUGGUCAAGGGUUGCACGAUACCCGAAUUGUUCACGGAAGGUUCUUGGUCAGAUAGUGGCAUAUCAGACGAAGGAUCAGAGCACGAUGUUGGUGAAAGAGAACGUCGUCUGGCAGCUAUUAGGCGUUUAGUUAGGCAAUUAGAAGUUGUUCUUUCUCCCGAUAGUGAUGCCCGUGUUCAUAUGGCCAGCAGGCUCACUUCCGCAGAGCAGGAGCUGAGGGAACUUCAGAAGCAGUGCAGGUCCUUGAUUGUUCGAUCAGCAGUCUGCACACUGCCCAGUACGAUGGAUCAUUCUGAGAGCAAACAAAAAACAGAAGGACACCCAGUGAAAGGUAAGGAUGGGGGUGGAGACCCAGAUGAUGAUUCUGGAAAGCCAUCAUGGUUCAAGAGAGCCGUCAGGGCAUCGGUGCCCUUCCAAUUAGUAUUAGUGACGAUAUUGUGCAUAGCAUGGUUAUUGGAACCACAAUGUUGCGACAAUAUGAAUAAUUAUGCAUGGUCCCUAACCCCGAAAUUACGUUAUAUAAAUGGUCCACCGCCAAUAUAGGUACUUAUAAUUUGGUUAAAAUACGUUUUUCUGUAUCAAUUCUGUACUUAGCGUUGAUAUUGAUGCAUUUUCAAUUGAUACAUUUCGUAAUCAAAGUGCGAUUGCUCAUAGUUUAAUCAAAUAAUCGCAAUAUUUCCUUGUGCCUUCCAAUAGGUCUUGCCUUUUUUUAUUAUGUACAAAAAAAGCAACCGAGUAUUUAUUUUGUUCUGAUAACAUAUUGUUAUUGUGUAUAUAGAAUUUUAUAAUAUAAAACGAAAAAAAUUCUGUGAAUUUGCAAAAGCAACAAUGUGAAAAUUUCAAUUUCGCAAAAUUUUCGAUUAUGAAGAUGAUAGUAAACUAAAUUUAGUUUUCUCAAUUUUUCGGAGAUUUCACUAUUUGGUACCUAUUCACAAGUAAUUGAAGAAAAUAUUUUAUUACCUGAUAUUUUUCAUUUUGUUUUAAGAAAUGCAUGUAUUUCCCUGUAAAUAAAAUAUUAGGGCGUAGUUACCAUUGUGGCACAGUUGUAUGAAAUAUUAUCGAAAAAUACGAACUGUGCCUUUUGCUAAAAGCUUUAUGAAGUUAUGGAGUUUCCGAAUUGAAUUUCGGAUCUCUCGUUUCUGAGUUUAUAGUUUUUCUGAUAGAUAUAACAAUCGGUUAUUCGAUAGGAUAUAUUUUUAUAUUCGAUUUUUUACUCGACCAAUGACAUAAUGAUCUUUCAAAGAUCGACGCUGACUUUUUACGUUAACGUUAACAUGUGAACGAGACGUCUAUGUGGAAAAAAGUAUUUCUUGAACCCUGAGGUGAAAGAGCAACUAUAAGCACUGCCAUUUCACGUGGCUCAUUUCGUAUUGAAUUAUAAGGGUGUCAGAUUUCUUAGAAUAUCUUCGUCCGGUUGUACAAUUCAACACCGUUCGAAGCGAAUUAUGUUUAAUUUCAAUAAACUAAUGCAUGUUUAGUAUUUAACUAGGUCUUGCAUGUGUUUAAUCGCUAUAACGAUGUGGCAACGUCGCCGUUUCGCGUUCACUUCGCUUAACAUUUUGUUUUGUUGGUCAGUAUAGAGUAAGUUCCUGAAAUAAUUUCGUACGAACAUAUAUCGAAAAAAAAAAAAAACGUCGACGUUGUUAUUUCUACUUCUUGUUUUACUCAAGAGGUAUGUUUGUGUAUCAGUGUUGCAAGUAUUAUAAUUUAUGUUUGUUGAUGAUUUUGUAUCGAGUUCAUAUUUUCCUCAUUUUCGAAAUGAAAUAAUACGAUGGCUUCUUUUUUUGAUAAGAACGUGCCAUAUAUCACAGCAUACAAUGAUGUAUUUUUUCAUUACGAUGCGAGGAAAAUAUCAAGAUGUGUUCUUUGUCGAAAAAAUAAAAAAAUCUUCCGUCACGAACAUUGGUAAGAAUUCCAAUCAAAAGUUGAUUCUCAAUAAACCUUCCCUAUACUUUCCAUAUGGAGACGCAAAGUAUAUGAAAGGUAAAGUGUGUCCAUUCAGUCACAUCAAACAAUAUUUAUGUGGAAAGGAAAGGAGUAUGGAAGGUUAAGUGAUAAUCAACCUUAAUUCUGCAAUUUGGAAUGAGUAUAGUUGAAUUUCGUGUUCAUUUCAUGUUAUAUUGUUGUUUUUUUUUCUAUAUUUUAUUUCAUUUCGUAUAAUGUUAUGUGCGUGAACUCAGAACCAUUCAAAAUAUAAAGAGACAGAAAAGAAAAAAUAAAAUAUAAAAAAUAAUUAUUAUAUAUUCAAAUGAGUCUCUUCAAAUAUUUGGUGGUUGUUGAUGUAUAAGAUAUAAGUUCCUGUACACUGUCUCAUUCACAAAUUUCCGAGAUUUUAUAUGUUUACAAACAUUUUUACUAUCAUGUUAUCAUGCAUUUACUGUAUUAUUUUUUUUUUCGGUGCAAACUAGAUCCAAGCAAUUGUUCUCAAAGGAGUACAAGUGUUUCACUGUUAUUGAUUAUUAUUUUUUCCAGUGCCACCGAGGUGCAGUAUAUUUACUCUUUUUCAAUAAAGUUUGAUCCAA